AAAGCGGUCGCAGCUAGGAGCCCACGGGGUGGGGCUGUGCUGUGGGAACUUCUUCAGCCAAUAGCCUUUAAGAUACUGGCCCACUUUGGGCGUGGUCACAUGUACUAUAUAAACAAUAUGUAAAAGCGUGUGCGGGCCCCUUGGCUGCUGGAUUCGGUUCCAGUGUCUCCUCACGUUGAGGACUGCUGAUCUGUGUCUUCUCAGGAGGGGCCACAGAGGGAGAAUGGCCAAGAGGUUGCUGCCAGCCCCGGUUCAGGAGCCUGUGACGUUCAGGGAUGUGGCCGUGUUCUUCAGCCAGGAUGAGUGGUUGCAUCUGGACUCUGCACAGAGAAGCCUGUACCGGGAGGUGAUGCUGGAGAACUACAGCAACCUGGCCUCCCUGGGGAUUCUGUUUUCCAAGCCAAAGAUCAUCUCUCAGUUAGAGCAAGCAGAAGACUUCCAGAUGGAAAGCGGAGUGCUUCAAGGUGUCUACCUGGGAUGGAAGAGCUUGUUUGAAUCCAUAGUUUCCAAAGAAGAAAGGAGAGAAGUCUUGAAAAUUCACAGAGUUGAUGAUUAUUUUGACCUUGUAUUGGGGAAAACGUAUGUAAAUAAGGAGCAGUUGGAGGAGCAGCGAGGCAACAAGGACAAAGCUUUCAGCAAACUGCUGCUUUCCAUUAGAAAAGGCUGUAUACAAGAGAGGGCCUUUACAGGCGUGGAGCGCCUGAGAAAUCCUGACGCCAAGUCUCCAUUUACUAGCAAACCUGGAGUUGUCUCCAGAAGAAGAAAGGCCCGCCCACAGCAGCACUCAGCUCUGUUCAAACAGCCGGGAGUCAGCACAACGCGCAGGUGCUAUAAGUGUAAUGUCUGUGGCAAAGGCUUUCUCCACAGUUCUUCCCGGAGCAAACACCAGCGGAUCCAUACCGGAGAGAAGCUCUACAAAUGUAAGGAAUGCCAGAAGGCUUUCAGCCAAAGCUCGUCCCUGACACUGCACCUGAGGGUCCAUACUGGAGAAAGACCAUACGUGUGUAGUGAGUGUGGAAAGGCUUUCAGAUUCACCACCUCGCUCAUUGGGCAUCAGAGGAUGCAUACUGGAGAGAGACCCUAUCAAUGUAAGGAAUGUGGCAAAACCUUCAAAGUCAGCUCGUCCCUUAAUAAUCACCAACGGAUCCACACCGGAGAAAAGCCUUAUAAGUGUAACGAGUGCGGGAGAGCCUUUAGCCAAUGCUCGUCUCUUAUUCAGCAUCAUAGAAUUCACACGGGGGAGAAACCAUAUGAAUGUAACCAAUGUGGGAAAGCCUUUACAUCAGUAUCGCGGCUCAGCAGACACCGCCGUAUUCAUACCGGAGAGAAGCCCUUUCGUUGUAAUACGUGUGGCAAAGUGUUCAGUUACCACUCAGCCCUGAUUAUACAUCAGAGAAUUCACACUGGAGAGAAGCCAUAUGCAUGCAAGGAAUGUGGGAAGACCUUCAGCCAAAGCUCAGCACUUAUCCAACAUCAAAGAAUCCACACCGGAGAAAAGCCAUACAAGUGCGAUAAAUGCGGGAAGGCCUUUUCCUGGGUCUCACGACUCAAUGUCCAUUACAGAAUCCACACGGGCGAGAAGCCCUUUCAGUGUAAGGAAUGUGGGAAAGCUUUCAGCUGCCACUCCGCAGUCAAUACUCACCGCAAAGUCCAUACUGGUGAAAAACCCUACAAGUGCACUGACUGUGGGAAAGCCUUCAACCAAAGCUCAGCCCUUAUUCAGCACCAGAGAAUUCAUACUGGAGAGAAACCAUUUAGCUGUAAAGUGUGCGGGAAAGCCUUCAGGCAGAGUUCCUCACUUAUGACACAUAUGAGAACACACACCGGAGAGAAGCCUUAUAAAUGCAAAACAUGUGGGAAAGCCUUCAGCCAGAGUUCAUCUCUUGCCAACCAUCAGAAGACUCAUUCAGGACAAAAACCUUAUUCCUGCAAUGAAUGUGGGAAGAGGUUUACCCAAAGUCUUCAUCUUCUUGAGCACAAGAGGCUUCACACUGGGGAGAAACCUUAUAAAUGUAGUGAGUGUGGGAAAAACUUUAGCCAUAGAUCUUCCCUCCUGGCUCACCAGCGAACCCACACUGGAGAAAAGCCAUAUAAGUGUAGUGAGUGUGAGAAAGCAUUCGGCAGCAGUUCCACACUCAUUAAACACUUGAGGGUGCACACCGGAGAGAAACCUUACCGUUGCCGGGAAUGUGGGAAGGCCUUCAGCCAGUGUUCAACCCUCACUGUGCACCAGAGAAUUCACACGGGGGAGAAGCUCUACAAAUGUGCCGAGUGUGAUAAGGCCUUUAAUUGCAGAGCAAAGCUUCACAGACAUCAGAGAAUCCACACAGGGGAGAAACCCUAUAAAUGUGCUGAGUGCGGGAAAGGCUACAGUCAGUUCCCAUCUCUAGCUGAACAUCAGAGACUCCAUACUGGAGAAGAGCUUUGCCAGUGCUUACAGUGUGGGAGAACCUUUACACGUGUCUCCACCCUUAUUGAACAUCAGAGAAUUCAUACUGGACAGAAACCUUAUCAGUGCAAUGAAUGUGGGAAGACCUUCAACCAGUAUUCAUCCUUCAAUGAGCAUCGCAAGAUCCAUACUGGGGAGAAGCUGUACACAUGUGAAGAAUGCGGGAAAGCCUUUGGCUGUAAAUCCAACCUUUAUCGACAUCAGAGGAUCCACACUGGAGAGAAGCCCUAUCAGUGUAAUCAGUGUGGAAAGGCCUUCAGCCAGUAUUCGUUCCUCACUGAACACGAGCGGAUCCAUACUGGAGAGAAGCUCUACAAGUGUAUGGAAUGCGGGAAAGCCUAUAGUUAUAGGUCAAACCUCUGUAGACACAAAAAAGUCCACCUGAAAGAAAGGCUCUAUAAAUGGAAGGAAUACGGGACACCUUUUAUCUAUGGCUCAUCUCUCACUCCAUAUCAGAAAUUUCUAAGAGGAGACAAGCCUGAGAAUUUUAAUUCAUCCCUCUAAUCCAAGACAGCAACCAGAAGAGUAGUAACUAGAGUACAAAUCAAAAUGGAUUCAUCUUUUUUACUUCUACAGCAAGUAGUUACUACUAAGUCAUGGCCAGCUGAACAGUAAAGAUACGAAGGAUGCUGAUGUCAACCAUUUAAGAACUACUACAAAAAGAUUUUUUAAACCUGUCAUUUUUUUAAAUUCAUACAAAAAGUUUGAAAGGCCUCAUUUAAAAAACAAGACACAUGAGUAAGUUGCUUAUGUAUAAGCAUUGUUUCAUGAGAUAGUCAUCUCUUUUUAAGAACUUCCAUGUAUGAAUUUUCUUUUCAAGAUAGUCUCUGAAAUAGUUAGUAAUGUGAAGAAUUACAGGGCCUCAGUUCCUAAAGUGGUUAGCUGGUAUAGGGAGACCUCCUUUUCAUAAAGAACCACUACAGAGGAAAAGAAUAAUUGUUGUGUAUCAACAAGGAAGCUUUUAUGAAGUGCCCCUUAUACAACAUAUGUGUGUAUGUGUAUGUAUGCAUAUCUAUUCAUAUGUACACACACAUGACUUUUAUCUAUAUAUGGUCAUGUCACUUAACUGGGGAUACAGUUUGAAAGUGCUUCAUAGGCAGUUUUAUGUUUAUAGGAACAUCAUUGCACUUGGACAACCCUAGAUGGUCUGGGUCAGCCAAUCAAUGUGCUCUCUUAAGGUGAUAAACAUACCAUACUUUUAAAAGAUUGUUUUUUUGAGAUUAUAAUUUAAUUACAAUGUUUCUCCUUUCCCUUUCUCCCUCCAAACCCUCUUAAUUCCUCUCUACUCUCCUUCAAAUUUAUGGCCUCUUUUUUUUUUUUUUACUAAUUGUUAUGCAUGCAUGUAUCCAUACUUUUUAUAGUAAUUUUCUAUUGGUUUGCUUGUUUAUUUUAGAUAGGGUCUCACUAUGUAGCCUAGAAUGGCCUUGAACUCAUUAUGUAGCCCAGAUGGGCUUUGAAUUUGCAGUUUUACUGCCUCAUCCUCCCACAUCCUGGGAUUACAGUCAUGAGCCAUCAUGCUUAGUGUAAAUGUUAUUAGUAGGAUGUGUAUAAAAGUGUAGUAUAGCAAACGAGUAAACUAGUAAUGUAGUUUGUCACCAUCGUCAUGUGUCAUGUACUGUACAUAGUUGUAUGUGCUGCAAUGUCAUCUGGCUGCCAGCACAGCAGGUUUGUUGGCACGAGUGAGUAUUGCAUUGUGCCUAAGGUGUUAUAAUGGUUAUAAGGUCACGGCAGCUCUGAUGUCAUUAGGCAAGUGGGAAUUUUCCAGGCCAGUUAUAGUCUGAUGAGACCACUGUGAUAUAUGUUGUCUAUCAUUGACCAAAGCAUCAUCAUAGGCAAAGUAUAUACUUUUGGCCGCAUGUAUAUACUCACAUAUACAUGUGUUCAUGUGUAUGCUAAUGUAUAUACAUAUACACACAAAGAGUUUAGGAAUUUUUUUCUCCACAGUCCUUAAUGAUUAAAAGUAGUCAGUUUACUAAUUUAGAAUUUUACUUUUUCAAAUUAAAUGUUUCUCCCAAGGGGAACUUUCUUUUGCUCUCUUGUAUUUGUAGUGGAUCUGGUUCUGUAUAGCUGAAUAGAGGCUUAGUACUGUAGAAGCUGGCCUGAGCAGACACAGGCGGGAAGACUGUCAUCCAAACAGUAUAUUAUGUGUUGUAGAGGCCAAUAUUGACAGAGUCUCUUGCUAUGAAUCUGUUAGCACUUUAGGACCAGGAGGGAUUUUAAUUUAUAGUUUUUCAAGAACCGAGGUCUUCAGCUCUGAUAAUCUAUGAUAGUUACAGGUUCAUUUCUAUCCUCAAGGCUCAAGAAGACUUUUUGUUUUGUAACCUGUUCAAAUGUUAUUGCUAGUGAUGUAAUCAUUUAUCUUUAGAGUUUCCUCUAGCGUUGGUCUUAGUAGUGGAGUUGAGAAUAUACUUUUCUUCUGUCUCUGAUUAUUAUUCUAUAAUAAGUACUUAAAUUCUGAAAGCAAACGAAGGUCCAGAUGGAGGUAUUGCUUCAGUAUGCUUCUGUGUAAGGCUGUCUUUUUAUUAUACAACUUCUAAUACUCUUUUCUUUGUAGAGCUGACGACUGAAUCCAGGGCCUUAUACAAGCUCAGAAGGUGCUCUACUGCUGAGCUGUAUCUCCAGCCCUUAGGAUUUAAGUAUAAAGUUAUAGAUGGAUAUUUUAUGUUAAACAAUCUACUCAUCACCUUAAUAUUUUAUAUCUCCCCUAGUCCUAGUUCCUUACCCCAUUGGUUUGUCAUUUUAGAAAUUGCCCUAAGAGCAUUAAUUAGACCCUCUGUCUGAGGAAAGAAUUAGAGUUAAGCAGGCAUUCAGCAUAUGUUUCUUGAUUAACUUCUUUUGGCUCAUCAGAGUAGCUGUAUGUCUGUAAGUGUAUUUAUAAGAAAAAUAAGGCUCCAGAUGAACCUUGGAGGUUUGCAGAUGCCAUUCACCAUCAAAAGGAUUCAGAACUCCUUGAAGAAAUGACUGGUGCAUGUUUGGUACAGGGAGAAUAUAAAUGCACCUACAUAUAUCCAUAUGAUAAAGCAUCAUUUUAGAAUUACUGAUAUAAUACAGAUGGACACAGGGGCUAACUUAAAGAUGCAUGCUUUGGUCAAACUUAGGAUGCUUCAAACAUCAAAAAAACAGAAUUGUAUAUAAUAUUUUCAAAAGGCUAUGGAAAAAAAACUUGAUAAAAUUAUUUGAGGAAAGCCAUCUUUUAAAUAUAUACAAAACCAAUAAGCUUAGAAAAAUUAUUUAAUAACUGUUAUUGUCAUUAAAUCUGGCAAAAAUGAUUGAUGGUAAAGCCUACCUACUUCAUGAAAAAAAUUUAAGGAACAUUGCAUAAUUGCAAAAGAAAACAGCUAUGCAGAUCCUUUAUUAAGCUAUGCAGAAGUACCUGCUUUCAUAUUGAGCUCUGGCAGGCAGAGUUCCCCUUCAUGUGGGCAGCAACCAUUGUGGCUUCUGCUAAGGCUGUAGAAGCACACUAUUAUUUGUGAUACACUGCCAAAACCAGUUAGUAGAAAUCUACAGAAAUCUCUUUAUCUACACUUACCUUCCUGUUUACAGAGAAUUGAGAGUAACAAGUUAGAGUAUAUAGUCAUAGACAGAACUAGAGUUUAAGACAUUGGAAAUGAUCAUUGAGCCGCUCUUUUCAAAUAGCCAGUAUGUUAGAACAAAAGUGGGCUUUUUUUUUUUUUUUUUAAGACAACUGAGACAGCCACAUACAAAGUGUGAUCCUUUAUUGAGAAAUGUAGUCAGGAAAAAAACUGUAAAAGACAUUUAGGGGAUGUUUAGGAAAAUACAAAGAUGAGAAUAGGUAUUAGAUAAUGUGGUAUGCUUAUUUUUCUUAGAAUAGGAAAUAUUUUGAGUUUGUUUCCCUAUCAUGCAUGCAAAAGUUUUAAGUUGACAAGUCAUCCUGUCUGUGGGAUAUUUUAAAUUGAAACUGUAGAAUUGAUCAAUGAUUGUUGAAUCUUCGUGGUGGAUAUAGAGUUUCUCAUUGGUCACCCUUUAAACUUGUCUGUAUGUAUGUUUAAAUUUAAUAAAAAUUGAGGCAAAAAUGA